UGGUUGUUACCGGGACAACCUUUGGUGCACAUGAUCAGCUGACGGAGAAAGUGAAGAAUGAAGUAAAGGAUCAGUUUGAUCUUGUUCAAAGCAACAGCAACGACUACGACGUCACUAUUGUCUUCUGCCCCAUCGUUUCUCGCAUGGGGCCAGAUGUUGAGUCAGCCCUGAGAGACGUUAAAGGCAAUAAACCUGUCAUUCUGGUUUUGAUGCACCACGCAUAUGAGGCCAAGUUCAUUCCAAAUGUGCAACAAGGAGCUAACGUUCAGCUGCAAGUCAACGUUUUCUUCCACGAGACGAAACAUGGACUGCUCCACUGUGGAGAAAAUGGAGCUGUUGUUUGCGAGAUAACAAAAUAUUUAAAAGAGAUCCCCAUUCCAAAUGCCCAGGUUGUGGCCACAUCCUGGCCACACCCUUGGCCACACCAAACACCCUCACCACCACCCUCAAAUCAGAAGCCCGUUAAACAGCCCCCCCCCCACAGGGGUGAAUAACGGCAUCCCUUCCAAGGAAGAGCCCUCCAAGGUUGUGAAUAAACGGAAAGGCAAAUUGGUGUACCAGAUGGUUGUUACCGGGACAACCUUUGGUGCACAUGAUCAGCUGACGGAGAAAGUGAAGAAUGAAGUAAAGGAUCAGUUUGAUCUUGUUCAAAGCAACAGCAACGACUACGACGUCACUAUUGUCUUCUGCCCCAUCGUUUCUCGCAUGGGGCCAGAUGUUGAGUCAGCCCUGAGAGACGUUAAAGGCAAUAAACCUGUCAUUCUGGUUUUGAUGCACCACGCAUAUGAGGCCAAGUUCAUUCCAAAUGUGCAACAAGGAGCUAACGUUCAGCUGCAAGUCAACGUUUUCUUCCACGAGACGAAACAUGGACUGCUCCACUGUGGAGAAAAUGGAGCUGUUGUUUGUGAGAUAACAAAAUAUUUAAAAGAGAUCCCCAUUCCAAAUGCCCAGGUUGUGGCCACAUCCUGGCCACACCGUUGGCCACACCAAACACCCUCACCACCACCCUCAAAUCAGAAGCCCGUUAAACAGCCCCCCCCCACAGGGGUGAAUAACGGCAUCCCUUCCAAGGGUUCCUCCGAUGAUAGGAAGGACACUUCUGAUCAACAACCACCACCGAAAAAAGAGCCCUCCAAGGUUGUGAAUAAAUGGAAAGCCAAAUUGGUGUACCAGAUGGUUGUUACCGGGACAACCUUUGAUGCCCAUGUUCAACUGAUGGAGAAAGUGAAGAAGGACGUAAAGGAUCAGUUUAAUCUUGUUCAAAGCAACAGCGACGACUACGACGUCACUAUUGUCUUCUGCCCCAUCGUUUCUCACAUGGGGCCAGAUGUUGAGUCAGCCAUGAGAGACGUUAAAGUGUCCUCAGGUGAUAAACCUGUCAUUCUGGUUUUGAUGCACCACGCAUAUGAGACCAAGUUCAUUCCAAAUGUGCAACAAGGAGCUAACGUUCAGCUGCAAGUCAACGUUUUCUUCCACGAGACGAAACAUGGACUGCUCCACUGUAGAGAAAAUGGAGCUGCUGUUUGCGAGAUAACAAAAUAUUUAAAAGAGAUCCCCAUUCCAAAUGCCCAGGUUGUGGCUGCUGCAGUGGCGGAGCUGCCGGGUGGCUGGGAGUCGGCAUGCUGUCCACCCCGUUGGCCACACCAAACACCCUCAAAUCAGAAGCCCGUUAAACAGCCCCCCCCCACAGGGGUGAAUAACGGCAUCCCUUCCAAGGAAGAGCCCUCCAAGGUUGUGAAUAAAUGGAAAGCCAAAUUGAUGUACCAGAUGGUUGUUACCGGGACAACCUUUGAUGCCCAUGUUCAACUGAUGGAGAAAGUGAAGAAGGACGUAAAGGAUCAGUUUGAUCUUGUUCAAAGCUACAGCAACGACUACGACGUCACUAUUGUCUUCUGCCCCAUCGUUUCUCGCAUGGGGCCAGAUGUUGAGUCAGCCAUGAGAGACGUUCAAGUGUCCUCAGGCAAUAAACCUGUCAUUCUGGUUUUGAUGCACCACGCAUAUGAGGCCAAGUUCAUUCCAAAUGUGCAACAAGGAGCUAACGUUCAGCUGCAAGUCAACGUUUUCUUCCACGAGACAAAACAUGGACUUCUCCACUGUGGAGAAAAUGGAGCUGUUGUUUGCGAGAUAAUAAAACAUUUAAAAGAGAUCCCCAUUACAAAUGCCCAGGUUGUGGCUGCUGCAGUGGCGGAGCUGCCGGGUGGCUGGGAGUCGGCAUGCUGUCCACCCCGUUGGCCACACCAAACACCCUCAAAUCAGAAGCCCGUUAAACAGCCCCCCCCCACAGGGGUGAAUAACGGCAUCCCUUCCAAGGAAGAGCCCUCCAAGGUUGUGAAUAAAUGGAAAGCCAAAUUGAUGUACCAGAUGGUUGUUACCGGGACAACCUUUGAUGCCCAUGUUCAACUGAUGGAGAAAGUGAAGAAGGACGUAAAGGAUCAGUUUGAUCUUGUUCAAAGCUACAGCAACGACUACGACGUCACUAUUGUCUUCUGCCCCAUCGUUUCUCGCAUGGGGCCAGAUGUUGAGUCAGCCAUGAGAGACGUUCAAGUGUCCUCAGGCAAUAAACCUGUCAUUCUGGUUUUGAUGCACCACGCAUAUGAGGCCAAGUUCAUUCCAAAUGUGCAACAAGGAGCUAACGUUCAGCUGCAAGUCAACGUUUUCUUCCACGAGACAAAACAUGGACUUCUCCACUGUGGAGAAAAUGGAGCUGUUGUUUGCGAGAUAAUAAAACAUUUAAAAGAGAUCCCCAUUACAAAUGCCCAGGUUGUGGCUGCUGCAGUGGCGGAGCUGCCGGGUGGCUGGGAGUCGGCAUGCUGUCCACCCCGUUGGCCACACCAAACACCCUCAAAUCAGAAGCCCGUUAAACAGCCCCCCCCCACAGGGGUGAAUAACGGCAUCCCUUCCAAGGAAGAGCCCUCCAAGGUUGUGAAUAAAUGGAAAGCCAAAUUGGUGUACCAGAUGGUUGUUACCGGGACAACCUUUGAUGCCCAUGUUCAACUGAUGGAGAAAGUGAAGAAGGACGUUAAGGAUCAGUUUGAUCUUGUUCAAAGCAACAGCGACGACUACGACGUCACUAUUGUCUUCUGCCCCAUCGUUUAUCGCAUGGGGCCAGAUGUUGAGUCAGCCAUGAGAGAUGUUAAAGGCGAUAAACCUGUCAUUCUGGUUUUGAUGCACCACGCAUAUGAGGCCAAGUUCAUUCCAAAUGUGCAACAAGGAGCUAACGUUCAGCUGCAAGUCAACGUUUUCUUCCACGAGACGAAACAUGGAUUACUCAACUGUGGAGAAAAUGGAGCUGUUGUUUGCGAGAUAACAAAAUAUUUAAAAGAGAUCCCCAUUACAAAUGCCCAGGUUGUGGCUGCUGCAGUGGCGGAGCUGCCGGGUAGCUGGGAGUGGGCAUCCUGGACACCCCGUUGGCUACACUAAACACCCUCACCACGGGGGCCCAAACCAUUUUAGAACAUUAAGAAAAAAAUGUUUAAGUAACCUUUCAUCAUUCAUCAAUAAUUAACAUUAAUAUAACGUUAUAUU